CAGAUAAUUGGACAGUCGCUGUGGACUUUCCUCCAGCGUGUCCUUCACCACCUAUAAGCUACAUUUUCCUCGUCCCACCAGAAAACCCUCUCCCUCUCCCUCUCCCUCUCUCUCGGCGCGAUCCGAUUACGGUGCGGCCAUCUUCAUUCAAUCACGAGACUAAGAAAUGGCUGUUGGUGGAGCAGCACCCCCAAGAGGAAGUGCAGCAGCAGCUGCUGCCAAUCUGCGGAGGAGGAGAACAGCAGGUGGUGGGACUGCUGCAGGAGGAGCAGCCGGCAACAUGCUCCAGUUUUACACAGAUGAUGCUCCAGGGCUCAAGAUAUCUCCCAAUGUUGUUCUUGUAAUGAGCAUUGGUUUCAUAGCAUUUGUUGCUAUUCUUCAUGUCAUGGGUAAGCUGUAUUUCGUACAUAGGGAGGCUUGAGAAGUUGUAUGGUUUAAUACUCCUAGCUAUUUAGAUUUGCCGAAUUUUGUGUUUGGGAUGCUAACAUUUUGGGUUCAUAAGAACUGUUUUGUUGUUACUGCUUUUGAUUAUAUUGAGAAACACAAUUGGCGUA